ACUGUGUAUGACAUCAACCCUAACACAAAAUACCCAAAGGUUAUGGAGAUACAGGGUGAUGCGGUGUUGAAGCUGGCGCUGACAAUUUACAAUGAUGCGACAGGGGGAGAUAACUACUCCGACAUGUCGUGCAUCGAUACGAGCGUCGACGUACAGCUCGGAUGUAUCAGGGCUGUGUUCCUCAUGAGAUUUGUCAACGACCUGCUGGAUUACCUGACCGGUUUCCAAGUAGAGGAAUUGGAAACUCAGAUAGAGGCGGCGCGUGACAGAGUCCGUGAGGCGUCUGAGGCAGUGGCAGAGAGCGCUAGGGGUGCGGUAGCCAGGCUCGCUGAGAAAUCGCCCCGUGUGUCUAUCAGGGUCGGGAUGAGUGCCCCAGUCAUUAUCGUACCCCAGAGGUCAGACUCCCUCAAGGUGCUGAUGGUGGACUUUGGACAUCUGGAGGUCGGGAAUUCCUUCAGUCCAGUGAAGACACAGGCUGAUAUCCCGGCCGUUCUGGACUCCAUGAAGAUCUGUCUGAAGUCACUUAAAAUUGCAAGAGCUGAGCUGAAUGAGAGCAAGGCAGUAGUAGGUCAGUGUCUAAUAUUAGAACCGGUCAACAUCACCCUGUCUGUCACGCGGAAUCUGGCAUUUGGUUGGUACAAAGAAAUCCCAGCGGUGGACCUCUCAGGGCAGCUAGAGAGUAUUUCUGCUACCAUGAGUCAGGGUGACUACAAGGUAAUAAUGACCUUACUGAAUGACAACCUGUCAGAGGGUCAGAAGUCAGAGAGUGUCGCUAAGCAACCAAAGGUCAAGGACACAGAGCUGACACAGGCAGAGAUUCCCCCGACACAACAGGAGGAGGCAACCACUGCGGGUUCCCCGUCCAUCACAGUUACUCCCCCUGAGCAGUCUGAUUCCUUCAAACUCCACACACAGCUCAAGUUUGAGUUCCAGAUCACCACACUGUCUGCCACUCUCUACACAGGGGAGAGCAAUCUGACAAAAGAUGGAGAGAACUCCAGGUCAGCUGAUAAUGCCCUAGGUCAGUUCAUGCUGGAGGUCAUCAGGGUCAAUGGUCAAAUGAAGAGUGAUGGCUCCAUGACAACCAAGGUCAUCCUCAAGGACACUGUACUGGAUGACAAAAGGAAGGAGAAACAAGAAAAAGCAGGAGUCAACAGUUCACAAGGUGCCAUCAGGAUGAUAGAGAGGUUUACAGGGGAAGGGAAGCAGGAGAAUAUGAUAGAUGUAAACUUCACCCAGGAACCCAACCAAGAUAAGGACAUCCAAGUGAAGAUAUCCAGUAUCAGGGUGGUGGCCUGCCUGGACUUCCUGGUACCUCUGGGUGACUUUUUAACCAGUGGACUACCAGACUCACAGCCAACAGUACAGACUCAAACACAAACACAGAGUAAAGCUGUGACCCCAGCUAAAGCCCCGCCUCCUCCUACCAGUGAAAUGUCAAUCAUCGUUACCAUGGAGAAACCAGAAAUCAUUCUGAUUGAAGAUCAGAUGGAUCCUACGUCUAAUGCUCUCUUGCUCAGUAUGGAGUUGUUAUUCAGAAUGAGGGUAACCCCGGAGACACAGGAUAUGUCAGCGAGUGUCAGUAAUCUACAGAUUGCAUCGGCUAUCUUCAACGAGAGGGAAAAACGCAAAGCCCAG